GGUGACAUGUCCGAGACCGCCCCCACCCCUGCCUCCGCCGCCCCGGCCCCCGCCGCCAAGAAGCCGAAGAAAGCGGCGGGUGGCUCCAAAGCCCGCAAGCCCGCGGGGCCCAGCGUCACCGAGCUCAUCACCAAGGCCGUGUCCGCCUCCAAGGAGCGCAAGGGGCUCUCCCUCGCCGCGCUCAAGAAGGCGCUGGCUGCCGGCGGCUACGAUGUGGAGAAGAACAACAGCCGCAUCAAGCUGGGGCUCAAGAGCCUCGUCAGCAAAGGCACCCUGGUGCAGACCAGAGGUAUAGGUGCGUCUGGCUCUUUCCGCCUCAGCGAAAAGCCUGGAGAAGUGAAAGAAAAAGCUCCCAAGAAGAAAACAGCCGCAGCCAAGCCCAAAAAGCCGGCGGCUAUGAAGCCCGUCGGCGCCGCCAAGAAGCCCAAGAAGGUGGUAACAGUGAAAGAGAGCCCCAAAAAAGCCAAGAAGCCGGCGGCCAGCGCGGCCAAGAAAGCAGCCAAGAGCCCCAAAAAGGCGACGAAGGCUGCCAAGCCCAAAAAAGCAGCGGCAGCAGUGAAGAGCCCUGUCAAGGCAAAGGCGGCGAAGCCAAAGGCAGCAAAGCUGAAGGCAGCGAAGCCGAAAGCAGCGAAGAAAGCAGCCCCCAAAAAGUAAGUCCCCUGUGGAAGAAAAGGUCUUUCUCCACACUUUAACCCAACGGCUCUUUUCAGAGCCACCCACGCUUUCUUAGAAGGGCUGAAAUGCUGUUUUGUGGAAGGGGCAGCAGGGAGAUGUUUUGGGGAAUGGUGGUGUGCUGGUGCAAGUGCCGUUUCAUUUCGGUAACGGCCAGACGGAGCAGCAAGAUUCAGAGUCGCUCAAAUUUCCCCUGCAUAGAAGGGGGAGGG